AUGGCGACUGCGUACAAGAUUCACGUGUCAACACAAGAUGCGGGUAUCUUCAAUGCGGGUGUCACUAAAGAGGCGGCCAUGAAGGUCAAUGAGGUGCUGCAGGAUAAUCUGGAAAGACAUCAUAUCGUCUACAACAUGAUGGGAUUUCAUAAUCAUACACCCCACCAUAUCCUCACCUUAUUUGCACUUAGUGCAUCCGCAGACCAGAUUGAAGAAGCCUACAGCAGGGAUAGAAGCUAUCAGAAACGGGCACGACACACCAAUGAAGCGAUAGUGGAGGAAUUGUAUGACAAACAACUGUUCAUGAAGCAUUUGCAGAAUGGCCAAAAUUAUCCACACUUUUUGGCUUUCUUCCAGCUUGAGAUUAGCCAGAAGGGGGUUGCCAAUGUGUUGAAUGAAUACUUGUUUGUAGAAGAUGAGUGUGCAGACGAGAUGCUUUUGCGAAUGUUCACUGGUUUGUUACAUCCGAUUAUCCAUCUAGGAUUUGGCAUCGAAUUUAAUCAGCCAGCCCUCGUGGCCGAAGGACUUGCCCAAGCUUGUCUUCAUGCAGAUUGGCUUGGCUUGCGUUCACUGCUUCCACAAGCUGAGCAUGCAGCAGGUGGGAUUGGCCAGUCUGGUGGAAAAUCAUUGUUUGAACUCUUGGAUGAGAUUCAAGAGGAUUUCUCUCAAAAUUCUAUCAUGGAAAGAAUACGAGGAGCGUUGACGUCUCGAGCGUCCGAGAACAAGCUGAAAUAUAUCAGUCAAUUCAAGGUCGCAGAAGACCAAAUGGAGGAGAAAUUAGCGGAGAUGAUGAACGCUGUUAUAUACUAUACCGCGGCUGCGCAAGGCUUCCAGAGAUUUGAUUUUGUUUGCCUUCACGCUGUGACUUCAUCCAUUUUCUUCUCUUCUUUGCUAGCGAUGCCCUCACCGAGUAUACGGACCAAGCUCCGUUUGCUUGAGUGGAAGGGCCGGAUGGAUUUGAUGAUUUACAUGGAACAAAAAUCCUCACCACUAUCUUUGUCUAGUAUCAAAAACACUCCAGCUCGAAAAGAUUGGCCGGCUAUAUUCCACAGCGGAAUUUUGCAUGGUGAUGACGGGCACACGGCGAAGCUCAUUCGCGCGAUAGCGCAUGCGGAACAGGUUUGUCGUCCAUUUGAAAAGCAGAAAGAUUGGAGAAUAUCAGGUGAUAUGUGGCUCAAGAUUGGAAAUAUGAGUAAGCUUCUCGUUUGA